GUAGGGAAUUUUCUGACUACUCAGUGCCUUCAGGAUCGAUUUGGGUUUUCCCGAAGAGACGUAGACUCGGUAUUACCCAUUGCCUCUAGUAUCCUCAAGUACAGAGAGGCCGAUGUUCAGCCUAUUGACGCUAUCACGCAAGAGCCACGGUGGCCUACUGAAUGCAAAGUGAUUCAAGAGAGAGUUCGUCAUAUCGAUUACUCUCCACCUAUGCCUGAACCUUACUAUGUGCCAACUGGGAAGGAACCAAAGCCUAAACCGAUUAGCGAAGACAUGGGAACUGUGAUUUUUGCUUAUAAUCCUAUGAGUGCAACGAAUUAUUUUAGCAGAUCCUGUGCAGGUGGAACCGUAGUCCUGACCUCCUCAGACAUGUACACAACCCUGGAAGAAUGCAACGACCCGAAUCCAUCAGUUGGAUCGAACAAUAGCACAAGUGACUUGAAAUUCGAGUCUCGAUUUGAAUCCGGAAACCUCGGGAAAGUCAUAAAAAUCACUGAGACAUACUAUCAGUUGCACUUGAGGAAGGAUUUAUACACCCAGAGGCACAUGCAGUGGUUCUAUUUUCGGAUAUCUAAUACAAAGAGCAAGACAAUAUACCGAUUAUCAAUUGUCAAUUUUUGUAAAGAGGACAGCCUCUACAACGAGGGACUCAGGCCUCUCCUCUAUUCCACAAAAGAUGCCAGCCUCCACGCUGUUGGGUGGAGACGAUGUGGUGAUAAUAUAACUUAUUACAGAAACGAUUCUUCAGACGAAGAGAAAGAAAAACAUACUCUAACAUUCAACAUAACAUUCCCCCACGAUCAGGAUACUGUUUAUCUGGCUCACUGUUACCCCUACACCUACACAGACUUGCAGGAAUAUUUGACGAGAAUAUCCAGCGACCCCGUGAAAUCCCGUUUCACGAAAUUGCGACUGCUCUGUAGAACACUAGCUGGGAACAGUGUUCAUUACCUAACAAUAACAGCUCCUAAUUACACCGACGAAGGGAGGAAGAAGAAGGGAAUUGUUAUAACGGCGAGGGUUCACCCUGGGGAGACACCGUCAAGCUGGAUGAUGAAGGGAAUCAUCGAUUUUCUGACUGGUGAAUCAAAUCAGGCACGAGAGCUGCGGGAGAGAUUCAUAUUCAAAUUAGUUCCCAUGCUGAAUCCAGACGGUGUAAUUGUCGGGAAUAACAGGUGCUCACUGUCAGGAAAGGACUUGAAUCGACAGUACCGUACAGUUAUGCGAGAGAGUUAUCCAUCUGUAUGGCACACCAAGCUCAUGAUUCGAAGAUUGAUGGAGGAGUGUGGUAUUGCUAUUUACUGCGACCUUCAUGCACACUCGAGGAAACAUAAUAUAUUUAUUUAUGGGUGCGAGAGCAAGAGGGCUGGAUGCUACGGCAAACUUACUGAACAGAUAUUUCCACUUAUGCUGCAUAAAAAUGCUGCUGAUAAGUUUUCCUUCGAGAAUUGCAAAUUUCAUAUUGAAAAGGGGAAAGAGGGAACUAGCAGAGUUGUCGUGUGGCUGAUGGGUGUGCAGAAUAGCUACACUAUGGAGGCAUCAAUGGGUGGAUCCAAGCUCGGGUCUAGAAGUGGAACACACUUUUGUGCUCAGGAUUAUGAGCAGAUUGGAAAAGCUUUUUGUGAGACUUUGCUCGACUUUUCCGAUGACGAUCCCACCAAGGAGAGGCUACGUAACAAAAUACUGGUUCGCCUCAUGAAAGAGGGCUCCAGUGCAGACGAGCCCACGAACAUCAAUCUCACUGAUUACUCAAGUGAUGAGGGCGAUACGUCGGAUAGUUCGUCAGAGGAGAUGAAAUUAGGUACGAGUGAAGCGACAAUUUUAUUGGAUUCCGAAACCUCAGGGGAUUAUCGAUCUCACUACCUGUCUGUGCCACCACCGUCCCCGCAACUACCGAGAUCCAGGAAUUCAAAUAAACCGAGGAAAAUGAGGAAAAAAACGAAGAUGGAGGAGAGCAGGAGCAUGAGGCAAAAAUUAUUAAAUCGUCGCCCUGUGAUGGAUUUACCAGCGACUGAUCCUGGAAGCGACAUGUGCUGUGACUUAACGGACUCGGCUGAUGAAUAUUACAUUACCGCUCCGAUGGAGAAUCCCAGAAAAAGCGCAACUUUGCGUAGGAGUUUCAAAGAGAGUUGCUCAGCCGUUGAAAAACGAUACGAGAUCAAUAAAAAGGAAUACGAGGCUGAUACUCUUCCAUUAUUGAGGCCUCACACCCUGGCCUUUGUCGAGGAGUCUGUGAGUGAGAAAAUCACUUGCAAAGUUCCUAGGACACGUGGGACACAGCCAGCAAGAUUUAUGAGGCACUUGUCUCCCAUACUCCCCAGAAGCCAAGACGUUCAGAUUAAAUUGACGUCGUUGAGGCAACAGAUAUGGACAGGAGUCCCUGAUAUUGAUUGUAAUCAGCAUGAUAACGAGGAGUAUAACAGGGCUCCACUCAGCUGGGGUGUCUCGCAACUGGCGUUGCUGUGUCAAAAAAAUAGUGAAGCUUUGCUCAA